AUGACACAGACAAAUGAGACACAGGUGACAGAAUUCCUCCUUCUGGGACUCUCUGAUGACCCACACACCCAGCAGCUGCUAUUCAUCUUAUUCCUGGGUGUCUACCUGGUCACUGUGCUUGGGAAUCUGCUUCUCAUGUCCCUUGUUCAGGUCGACUCCCAGCUUCACACACCCAUGUAUUUUUUUCUCUUCAACUUAUCUCUGGCUGACCUCUGUUUCUCUACCAAUAUCAUUCCUCAGACCCUAGCCCACCUGCUAUCCAAGAAGAAGCUCAUUUCAUUCACACGUUGUGCAGCUCAGCUUCUACUCUUCCUCAUUUUUGGGUGUACACAGUGUGCCCUUCUGGCAGUGAUGUCUUAUGAUCGGUAUGUAGCCAUCGGCAACCCUUUGCAUUACCCUAGCAUCAUGACGUGGAGAGUGUGUGCCCAGCUGGCUGCAGGAUCAUGGACAAGUGGCAUUGUUGUGUCUGUGGUGGACACCACAUUCAUACUAAGGCUACCUUACCGAGGCAGCAAUAGUAUUGCUCAUUUCUUUUGUGAGGCCCCUGCACUGUUGAUCCUGGCAUCCACAAAUACUCGCACUUCAGAAAUGGUCAUUUUCCUCAUGGGUGUCAUGAUUCUCCUCAUACCUGUUUCCCUAAUUCUGAUAUCCUAUGGCUGCAUCAUAGAGACUGUGGUCAGGAUGAAGUCAGCUGAGGGAAGGGUCAAGGCAUUCUCUACCUGUGGCGCCCACCUCAUGGUUGUCAUUCUUUUUUAUGGGUCAGGAAUUGUCACGUACAUGACACCAAAGUCUUCCAAAGAACAGGAAAAACUAGUGUCUGUGUUCUAUGCAAUGGUGACCCCCAUGCUCAAUCCCCUCAUCUACAGCCUGAGGAACAAGGAUGUGAAGGGAUCUCUGAGGAAAGCAGCCACAAGGAAUUUCCCACGCAGACUUGGGAUUUUCCGCUGA